AUGUCUACACUUAAUGGACAGACGGCAUUGGCCUAUGCAAAGGUUUGGCAUCAUGUUUCCGCAAAGGGGAUUCCAUUAGGACGUCUCGCGUCGAAUAUUGCUAUAACAUUAAUGGGCAAGCACAAGCCUAUUUAUCAUCCUGCUGCAGAUUGUGGAGACGUUGUCGUAGUUACAGACUGCGAAAAUGUUCGAAUUUCUGGCCGAAAACUUGAACAGCAUAAAUAUUACUCCCAUUCAGGACGACCUGGUAACUUAAAGGAAUGGACGAUGGAGGAAAUGGUAAAAAAGAAAGGUUACAGAGAACUUUUGAGAAGAGCCGUAGGAGGAAUGCUUCCAAAGAAUCGUCUGUGGGACAUGCGCAUGAAUCGACUACAUAUAUAUGAUGGUCCUGCGCAUCCUUAUAAAGCAAAUAUUUUCCGGAGACACAAUAGCCCUAUACUUUCCGAAAUAGAAAAGUUAAAGGAAUAA